AACCGGGCUGCUGGUUUUACCUGUCAAGUGUGUGAAAACCAAAACAAACCAAAACGAACAAAAAAUGGGUCUCUUAACUGACCCAGGAUCGUCGCAGCAAAAGUCAAAGUACGCGAAAUUACUAAUUAAAGUAAACAGGCGGCUCUGUCUCUUCUUAUACUUGCUCGGAUUGGGAUGGUUCUGUCUGUUAAGCCACAAGGAAUUUAAUCAUGCGACAUACUUUUCGGAAAACGCCUUGCUGCCAGGACUCGUCUAUUCGGAAAUCAAAACGGACAAUGUGAACUACGCCCUCAAUUUGUACGACGAACUGGAAAGAGAACGAGAAUCCCAUAAAACCGGAACACCACACGCAUGGUUGCUGUCGAAAAUGCGUCAAAUUGGCCUAGACACUUACUCUCACAAUUUUACAUUAAACUAUCCGCUGGGAGGUGGAAAGACUUUCACUGGCAAGAAUGUCUAUGGCAUUCUACGUGCUCCCCGCAUCGGAUCGACAGAGUCGUUUGUCAUUACGGCACCGUAUCGUCCACCAGAUUCUAUUCAUCCAGAGAUAACGCAUAGCAUUCCGUUGUUACUCGCAUUUGCGAAUUUUGCACGCAACCAAAAGUACUGGGCCAAGGACAUAAUAUUUUUGAUAACCGAACAGGAGCAACUGGGUAUGCAAGCGUGGUUACAAGCAUAUCAUGGAACCGAAGAGAAUGACGUAUUGAAAUCGGGAACCCUGGACGCAACAGCCGGAUCGAUACAAGCUGCCAUCAAUUUGGAAAUACAAAAUUACGACAUCGAUUUCAUCGACGUAAAGAUCGAAGGCCUGAACGGUCAGCUACCGAAUUUGGAUUUGGUGAAUUUGGUGCAACGAUUGACACUGAAAGAGGGCAUAUCAUGUGGUCACCGGCAAACGUCGAAUAAACGAAGAAGUGCGUUGAAAAGCAAACUGGAAGAAAAUUUGGCGCAUAUGGUGUCAAUGGUGUUGACACAGGCGACAGGUGUGCCGAAUGGUAAUCAUGGACUCUUUCACCGAUACGGCAUUGAAGCCUUAACGUUGGAGGGACACAAAUCACCGUCAACAAAUUACCAGCGACGAACGCACGGCGCCGCCUCACUUCUUCGGCUCAUCGAAGGAAUUUCACGAAGUUUGAACAAUCUACUGGAACGAUUCCAUCAAAGCUACUUCUUCUAUUUACUGGUGGCUAGUGAUCGAUUCGUAUCCAUUGGUGACUAUAUGCCUAGCGUGGCGGCCAUGGCUGGUGCUCUGUUAAUCAAAGCAUUUAUCGUUUGGCUAACGAUCAAUAAGAAAGAGGACAACGAUGAUGCUGAACAGCAAAAUUUAAAUUUCAAUUUCGUUGGCGUUGGUAAAUUUUUGAUUGUCGCUCAUGCUAUCGGAUUUCUGUUAGCGUAUCUACCGUUUAUCACUCAAAUCGACCACGGCGUUAAGACGGAGCAAUUUAUAUUUUACGAAUUCGUAACGAUCACAAAUCUGACCCUAGUCAUUCCUUUCUUCGUGUUGUUCAGUUCACUGAGUGUUCAGAUCCUUCACAUUGCCGCUUUACUUGAACUCGGAACGGUUUUGAUUAUCAUUGGCAUGGUUAACUUUUCGCUGGCCUUGCUGCUUUGUGUGUUUGUCGUUCCGUUUGCCAUUUUGGUGAAUCCAGCACCUGGAUCCUUUAAAAAUGUUCACAGAGCGGUCAGCAUCAUCUAUCAUCCGCUUCUCGUAACAUUCGCAUCCGUGCUUGGUGUAACAGUAUACACAUUCCACGAGUUACCGUUACCUCUUCUAAUGGAACGAGCAUUUAAGGCCACAAUGAAUGCAAUAACAUUCUCGAUUGUGGAUUCCAUUAUUUAUGGUAACUGGAUUUUUGAUCUGGUCACGGUGAUAUUUGUACCAGUUUGGAUCAUAUUUUGGACGUCGUUGAUGUGUCGGCAACAGGAUGAUGUGGUUGUAGCUACCAAAGAAAAGGACGAAUAAAUAAAUGGUUUUGAUGUGGAA